AUGCCCUCUGUGAAAACUGUUAGAAGUGCUUCAAGCUGCCUCUGGAUGAGCUCCCUAAGGCAUCUAGUGGUACUGUCCUCUCUGUGUCAUUUGAUAACUGGAUACUCUGAGAGAGACAGAACACGUGAAUUAAUGUCAAAAUAUCCUGUUGUUGAUGGCCACAAUGACCUAGCUCUCAAGCUGAGGAUACUUCAUAACAAUCAGCUGAGCCAAAUUGACCUUCAUAAUAUCAGCAAUGUUGCCACAGACAUCAACCGUCUCCAAGCAGGCCAUGUACAGGCACAGAUGUUUUCGGUCUAUGUACUAUGUGGGGCCCAGGAGAAGGACGCUGUGAGGCUGACCCUGGAACAAAUAGAUGUGGUCAGACGCAUGUGCACUGAGUACCAGGACUUUGAACUGGUCACUUCUGCAAAGGAACUGAACAUUUCUGAGAUAAGGCAUAAGAUAGCCUGUCUAAUAAGUAUUGAGGGAGGCCACUCAAUUGACAGCAGCCUGCCAGCCCUGCGGAUGUUUUACCAGCUUGGAGUCCGAUCCAUGGCCCUCACACAUAACUGCAAUACACCGUGGGCUGAGUCAUCCUCAAAACUGUACAAUGUCUAUCAAAGACAGAACAACCACCUGACGCACUUCGGGAAGGCAGUGGUGGAGGAGAUGAAUAGACUGGGAAUGAUAGUGGACCUCUCCCAUAGUUCUUGGGACACAGCCUGGGCCGCGCUGAAUCAUUCCAAGGCUCCAGUUAUUUUUAGUCAUUCAUCUUCCUACUCCGUCUGUAGCCACAGCCGUAAUGUACCUGACUGGCUGCUGAAAGAACUGAAAAGGAACCGAGGGUUGAUCAUGGUGAAUCUCCACAAUAACUUCAUUUCCUGCAAAGAUACGGCCAACAUCUCUGAUGUGGCUGAUCAUUUUGAUCACAUUAGGAAGGUGAUUGGAGCUGAGUCAAUAGGAAUUGGAGGGGACUUUGAUGGUGCUCUGAGCUUUCCUCAGGGGUUAGAAGAUGUGUCGAAGUAUCCCGCCCUAAUUCAGGAACUCCUGCACAGGAACUGGACUGAGAAUGACCUGGCUGAUGUCCUUCGAAGGAAUUUCCUACGAGUGUUUGAAGAGGUGGAGAGGGUCCGUGAUAUGUUGCAUUCAAACCAUCCAAGUGAGGUACAAAUUCCUGUAGAGGAGGUGCAGAACCCGUGCAGACUCGUCCUCAGACCACCUUCUAAAAGGAAAGAGCGGAAUCUCUCCUCCAGAGCCCAAUUUGGAACACCCUGUCUGCUAAUCUUGCCAAUGGUUCUGCUGCUGUCCAUCGUAUUUUCUAUAGAAUGAAUACUUAAAAAACUCAGUUUAGCAACAUGUUGUUGUUUUGAAGUGUAUAAUUUUAUAUACAUUUUCUAUAAUACGAAUAAGAAGAUUUAAAUAAGUUUGCUAUUGCUAUUUGUAGGUCAUCAUAGCAUUCUACAGGUUAGCGCAUAUAAGAGCAUAUAAUGUAUAAUCCAUUUGUACUACUACUGAACAUACAGAAUGCUAUACUGUAUACACCAUCUAAAUAUACAGACUAUCAGUCCUCUGAAAGGCAUUUAUUUCAUUUUAGUUUGAUUUUAUUUAUUAGAUAUUUAAGUUCUUGUCCCUAUGCUGGCAUAAUCUCUACAAAAAAGUAUGACAUGAAGGACAAUAAUGACAAUGAAUAAAACUCCAGA